UCCCGCUGGUGGAAAGUUGUCAACAGCGGCCCGAGGGAGGAAGGUCUUGAACGGCGCGGCCGAGCGAGCUGGGGGCAGGGGGGUGGGGGGAACCGACCGGCGCAGCCCGAGGAGGGCAGGACCCGACAGGUUACGUGACCGAAUUUUUCCUUUCUCACCGACUCGGAGGACGACCGCAGCCCAGGGUCGAGAGUUUCCAGCCAGUGUUUGCCCGCCGCCCCCAUGGCACCCUCUCCCAGCCGGAGGACUAGUGGCUGACCGUUGCCCAGGGGGGCCCCCUCGCUCACGCCUCCUCCUCCUCCUCCUCCGCGGAGAUGUGGAACAAUUCCGUCGGCAUGCAGAAUGCCCGUUGGCUCUGAGUCCGGCGCCUCGUGAGCCGAGGCCGCUUCCGCUCCCUCCCUCCCUCUCUCUCUCUCUCUCUCUCUGUCUCCCUCCCCUGUAUCGCUUGCCUUUUGGAUCCGAGGGGAGCCUUUGGAGAAUUAGCCAGUCGGAGAUGUGGGAGCUGAGCGGCUAGGGUUGGCGUCACGGGGUGGGGCGGGAGGAGGGGGGGGGCGGGGGAGAGAGCGGUGGAAACCGGAGACUUGUGUCUUUUUUUUUUGUGUGUGUGCGUGACGAGGAGAACUCCCAGACGAUGAUCGGGAAGAAGAAGAGCGGCUUUCAGAUCACCAGCGUCACCUCGGAGUACGACGGCGGCGACGGUGGGGGAGAAGCCUCGAAGGAGCCGCCGAACGGCGAGGCGGAGUUCGCCCCCCUGGUGAACGGAGGGCCCGGCUGCCCGCCCGGGGGGCACCCCACCCCGCCCGAGCCGGCGGGCGCCGAUCGGACGAUACCGCCCCCUCCCGCCGGGGAGGCGGCCAGCCCGCCGGCCGGCGGUGGGGGUGGAGGCGCGGCGGUGGCGGCGCCGCCCGAGGCCUCCAAGGCGCCCCCGAGGACCCCCUGCCCGCCCGCGCUGGCCGGUGGCGGCUCCUGCAGCUCGCGCUUCCGGGUGGUGAAGCUGGACCACGGCCUGGGGGAGCCUUACCGCCGGGGGCGCUGGACCUGCGUGGACUUGUACGACAGGGACCUGGACGGCCACGUGCUGGCCAAAGUCUUGGAUGGCGCCCGGCACGUCAACUCACUGGACUCUCACCUGGAGGUCGGCGGCUUCGCCCACAAGGCCGUCGGCCAGCUCCGGCCCAAGCUGCACGCGCCCAAGAGCCAGGGGUCGCCGCCGCUGCCCAGCCAGGCGGACUCGCCGCGAGGGAAGGCUCCGGCCGCCGGCCACCCCUUGCACCCGUUCGUCCAGGCGGCCAAGACGUUGAGCUCGGAGGGGCCGGCCGGCCCCGAUCGCCCGCCGGGCGCGCCGGCCCCCUCCAGCCCUCCCCGGGCUGCCCGAGGGGAGGCCGGCGCCCCCAAGGGCGAGGGAGGCACGCCGGCCGGGGCAGCGCCGAAGGAGGAAGCGAAGGCCGGCCCGGCGCCGCCGCUCGGAGCCAAGGCGGCCGCCGGGGAGCAGGCCGCUGCCAAGCAGCUCCCGCCGAAUGUGAACCAGCCCUCGUCCGGGGAGCAGGGAGCAGUGAGAAAGUUUUCUGAGCCUCGAUCCACGUCCAUCUCGCCGGCCCCCUUAACCCAGGACAGCAGCCCUUCCAGAAAGACCCGUGCCUCUGAACCCAAUGUCGCCAGCUCUCUUCGCUUCACCUCGCCCAUGCAGACCCUGGCCAAGUCCAUGCUGUCGGUUGGAACGCACCCAGAUGGUGAUGACGACAGUGGUUCCAGCAGCAGCAUGGUUGCCAUUGACAACAAGAUUGAACAAGCCAUGGACCUGGUCAAGAGUCACUUGAUGUAUGCAGUCCGCGAGGAGGUGGAGGUGCUGAAGGAGCAGAUCAAGGAGCUCAUCGAGCGCAACACGCUACUGGAGCGGGAGAACGCCCUGCUGAAGUCACUGGCCAACUCGGACCAGCUCUCCCAGCUCCAGGCUCAGCUGCGGACCGCAGGGACCAGCGCCGGGACCUCGGGUUCCUCACCCACCAGCACCACCUGAAGAGGGGGAGAGGGAAACGCUGCGUGGCGGAGUGGGAGGAGGGUGGAGGAGUGGGG